AUGAUCAUGUCCGUGUUCAGGGGUCCCCUGACCCUCUGGCUUUGCCACUUCAUCAAUGCAGAGAAACACCUGACCGAGAAGCUCAAGGAGAACAAGUACUUCCCGUUCCAGGUGCAGCAACCCAAAGUGUUUGUGAUGGAGUAUUACAAGGACAUGAUCUGGAAGGGAGCACUGAUUUUUGUACUUUCUUUGGUGAUCUGCAUCUUCCAAUGCAGAUCAGAACAGGGCACCCAGAAUUUAGCUGGCUUCUUUGUCCUUGGCAUGUUGACCGGAAUCUGGCUGGUGGUGAGCAACAUCCAUAAGCGCCGGCUGAUCAUCAACCACAGCAGGGGAUUCUACCAGUUCUACAUCAAAGGCAUCCUCUGGCAGGAGGGCCCAUUGCAUCAGAUCUACGUGCGGCUCGUAGCCCAGCGCGACGCCCACGGGACGCUUUUCUACAGCCUCAUUAUCAAAGGAUACCGCCUGGAGGCGCUUACCCUGGCUGACCUGACGGACAAGUGUGAGCUGAUAGAUGCCCUGGGGCGCCGCAUGGCACGCAACCUCAACCUCAACUACUUUGAUUAUGAGGAUAUCUCCACACGCCACGUCAUCAGGCACCAUCCACCAGAGAAGGAGGAGGAGGAGGAGGAGAUGGAUUAUGGCGAUAACAUGAGUGUAUGA